GACUGUAACCAAGACCAUCACGAUCACAUGGUUGAACGUGGCACAGUCGUCUGCGUACACUGAGGACUGGACCCGAUCUAGAACCGCUGUUUUGGCGACAAUAUGGCCGCUUGGUCCUCCGCAAUCCUUCGCCUUGUUCAUCAAUUGAAUAACUUUACACGACCAGUUGAGAUGGCUUAUAAAAGCUUCAUGAAGCUUAUUAUAAGUAUAGUUUAAAGGAAAAAGGUUACCGCACCUAGACAGAGAACUGGUUCCUCCAAGUUAUCUUGCAAGCCUUUCCUUGUUGAUGGCAUCCAAGUGGGUUACAUUUCACCACAAAUUUCCAGCUUCAUUAGCUCUUAUAGUGAUGUGUUUGUGAUGGUUAAAGGAAAUGAUGGUGAAAUUAGACAUGUUACUUUGACUCUAGAACUUAAGAAUUUCACAGAAAGAACCCAAAAAAUUGCUGAGGUCAUGGAAGAUCUGAGACUUAAGGAUGUGUUUAGUACUUUAAAGGGAUGGAGAAAUGAGAUGUAUCCUGUCAUGCCUUCAUUUGACAGCAAACCAUAUUUUAUGAUGGAGAGAUCAGCCACCUGCCUGUUAGGGACUGUGCGGUAUGGUGUUCAUGUAAAUGGUUAUUACACAGAUGAAAGCGGAAACAUAUAUAUGUGGUUGGCGAGAAGAAGUCCUACCAAACAAACCUGGCCAGGCAAACUGGAUCAAAUUGUGGCUGGUGGCAUGAUCUGCGGGGAAGGAAUUCAGGAGACACUGAUAAGAGAGUGUGCAGAAGAGGCAUCUAUACCAGAGGAGCUCGCUAGGACAGCUACAUCAGCUGGAUGUGUUAGUUACUUCUUUGAAGAUGAGAGAGGCUUAUUUCCAGAAGUGCAGUUUGUUUGUGACUUAAAACUGUCUCGCGACUUUCAACCAGUGAACAGUGACGGGGAAGUUGGUGAAUUUUAUUGCUGGUCAAUGGACAAGGUGAAAGAGAAAAUGGCAACGGAUGAAUUUAAACCAAACUGUGCUCUUGUUGUGCUUGACUUUAUGAUUCGCCAUGGCCUUAUUACACCAGACAAUGAACCUCAUUAUGUUGACUUUGUACUUGGUUCUCACAAACCACAUUUCUAAUGUGUGAAUAUCUGUUAAAGAAGUUGAACAUUUAAAAAGAAGCCGGAUAUUUCCAUGAGGAGAGAGCUGGUAUAAACUGUACACAGUUUCAUAACCAAGGAAACUGGAGACUGGAGACAAUUUGGUAGAGAGAUAUUAUCUCUAGUGGGCUCUCCAGUGUUCAUUGAAGAAACCAGAGCAUUGGUUGAAGUUGAAGGGAAAAAAGAAACCAUCAAUAAACAGUUCAUUAUGAGCUUUUCUUUCUCUUUUGAUGAAAGUGGCCAUUUCCAUGAAGUCAAAACCAUUUACUAGGUAAAAUUCCGAGUUGAUAAUCUAUCACCAGGCUCCAAGUCCCUUGGAAAUAAUGCCAUACCAGUGUACCAGUGAGCUGUGUAACAAGCACACCAUUCUCAUUACAGACACUGAUCUACCAUUCAGUGUUUUUGUUAAGUAGAUUCCACUGUACCGUUAUCAGGGAAGUCAUUGGCACAGGCACAGCCAAAGCCUGCACUGUAAAAAUGGCCAACACAAAAUUGGCAAAAUAUAGAUGCUGACUUUGUUUGGUAAAUUUUAUGCAACAAAUAUACUUUAUAAAGAAUUUUUAGAAUAAAAACAACUUUCUUUUAAUUUACAGAGUGUAAUGCUGUUUUUAGUCUGGGGCAAUUUGAAGCAAAGCACUGGCUUGUUAGAAGAAGUACAACAGUCACACAACGAGCCAUAACAAUCAGUAAAUAUCAGUAACAAUAAAUAAAGAGAAACUAAAAUCCAUGUGACUAACAAUCACUAACAAACUGUUGCAAUCAGAAAGAAUCUGUAGCAUCUGUAAACUUUAAGACAGAUUCUUAUCCAUAGAGACAGACCUGUCUGUCUUUAGAGAAAGAUAAGUAUUUA